CUUCUUUUUUACCACCGGUACCUGAAUGCAUCAUCACUGCGACGCUGGUUCCAAACUGGAUCCAGCCAAAGUGAUUUGGUUCUAGUUCCGAAUGGUUUUUAACCUGUGUUCGGACUUUUUGGACUGUAGGAGGCUCGGUUCUGUUUCAGUGGGUCGGUCCGAAGCCAAAGAGGCGGAUCCAGCACGGCCAUGUUGGACAAUGUCCCUGUGGUUUCCUCCGCAGAGCGCCAGCAGGUACUGGGAGCUCUGGAGCGGCUGCAGUCCAAACUGGUCCAGAAGGAGGAGUGGACCCACAGCGCCACUCUGGGGAACCUGCGGGAGACGCUGCAGAGUCCGCUGUUCAGCCACAUCCUGACCUUGCAGUACUCGCUCAGACAGCUCCAGAACCAGCUGAGCAGCAUGCCUCCUGAUGCCCGCAGUGACUUCAGCUUCUCCAGACGGGGCCAGCUCAUUAUGAGCGCCGUCGAUCCGUCCAGUUGCUCCACUCCACCCCUUUCAGCCUCCACCUCCACUCUGACCAAUGGGUCGGCACCACACGUCUCUCAGGCUCCGCCCACAGCUGACUACCUGCAGAGGUGGAUCCUGGCUGCAGCAAAGGGCCGUCAAACAGAGCUGAUCAGCCUGACCCGGUCCGUUUCAGACGGGCUGGGCUUCAGCGUGGUCGGUCUGAAUCCGACAGGAACCGCCAGUCAGGGCGUCUUCGUCAAACACAUCCAGCCGGGAGGAAUCGCCCACAGGGACGGCCGUCUCCGGGAGCGGGACCAGAUCUUGGUGAUAAACGGCAGCCCAGUAGAACCGGGGAUGAGCCAUCAGCAGGCGCUGAGCCUCCUGCAGCAGCCUGGGGAGACGCAGCUGGUGGUGGCCCGGGACUGGUCCCCUGAAGGAGGUCUGAUCAACAAGGGUCAGUGGGGUCAUGUCGAGGAGAUCCAGCUUUUCAACGAUGGAUCCGGUCUGGGUUUUGGUAUUGUGGGCGGAAAAACAACUGGAGUGGUGGUCCGAACACUGAUCCCGAACAGCGUAGCAGACAGAGACGGCCGUCUCCGAACAGGUGACCACAUCCUGCGCAUCGGAUCGACCCCCACCAGCGGCCUCACCAGUGACCAAGUCGUCAAGGUGCUGCAGGCUUGUGGCAGUCAUGUGACCAUGCUGAUUGCCAGGGACCCCCAAGGACAAAAAGCGGCUGCCUUGGCUGCACCUCCACCUCCUGAUUCUGCCCCAAUUGCUAAUUUACCUCCACUACUUCCUGACUCCGCCCCCAUUACCUCUCUAGCCCCACCACUGCCGGAGUCGGCCCCCAUAACCUCUUUAUCUCCCUCGUCUCCUCUAGCCCCACCUCAGCGUCAGCAGAGUAAAACGCCAAACUUGGAGGGAUAUGAGAUCCACCAGGUUUCUCUUACCAAGAAGGAGGGCCAGAGCCUUGGCAUCUCCAUCAUUGGCUUCAACCCCAUGACGAGCCAAGAUGCGGUGGGUGUGUUUGUAAAGCAUGUGGUUCCUGGCAGCGCUGCGGAUCAGAGCGGAAACAUCCGGGUUCAUGACAGACUGCUCGCUCUGGAUGACAUCAGUCUCCACGGUAUGACCAAUCAGGAGGUUCUGGAGGUGAUGAAGCAGACGGGUCAGACUGUGGUUCUGACUCUGGUCCGGAAGAAAGCCAAAGGCCUGGAGAGAUCCCUGGAUAAAGUGGAGCGGGCGUCAGUCCGCGGGUCUCGGAGGAAUCUGGAGAUUAUGGCUCCACCCGCAAUGUCCGGCUCCAUGUUGAUGAAACCGGAUCCAACGCAUCUGAACACGGCACGACUAAAUGGAGCCUCUGAUGCAGAGCUCCGGGCUAAAUGGGAGGCCGCUCUCGGACCUCAGUACCAGGUCUUGGUGGUGAACUUGGAUCCUGUCAUAGAGGACGAUGAAGAGCUGCAGAAAUCUUCCAAGCUGCUGCCGAUCCACAUCCUGCGUCUGGGUGUGGAGUUGGACUCGUUUGACGGUCAUCACUACAUCUCAUCAGUGGCCCCUGGGGGCCCGGUGGACAAACACGGCGUUUUAAGGCCUGAAGAUGAGCUGCUGGAGGUGAAUGGGGUUCAGCUCUAUGGGAAGUCCAGGCGUGAAGCUGUGUCGUUCCUCAAAGAAGUUCCUCCUCCAUUCACCCUGGUCUGCUGCCGACACAUGAUCUCCGAUCUGGAACCGGAACCAGAAUCAGAACCUCCACCUCCACCUUAUCCAGCAGCAGAACCCACCCACAGCAGCGUAGACGAGAUGGAAAUGAAACUGUCAGCGAUGCUCAUGAGAGAAGAAGAAUUCAAACAUCAUCUGGAGGGGGAGGAGGAAGAGGAGGAAGAGGAGGACAGGAAGGAGCAGGUCUCUACUUUAGUGCUGCAGUUGGAAACUGAAGAGAGCGACCUCAGCCAGGAGGAAGAGGAUGAGGAAGAGGAUGACGAUGGAGAGCUGGCUCUCUGGUCUCCCGAGGUGAACGUGGUGGAGCUGCAGAAGCAGAAGGACAAAGGCCUCGGCUUUAGCAUCCUGGACUAUCAGGACCCGUUGGACCCUGGUCGGUGCGUGAUGGUGAUCCGUUCCCUGGUUCCUGGGGGAUCAGCAGAGCGUCAUGGCGGUUUACUUCCUGGAGACCAGCUGGUAUCAGUUAACCAAACCCAGUUGGACCCUUUCACCCUAACGCAGGCAGUGGAGGUCCUGAAGGCAGUACCGCCUGGUACUGUCCGUCUAGGGAUCCGCAAACCACUGGUGGAACAAGCAGAGACGAACAAGGAGAAGAAAAUUCUGGUGUCUCCUGAAGCUGGGCUGGUUCCAGAGGAAUUGAGCAAUCGCUCCGUGCUUCCAGAAUAUCCUAAGGAGGAAGAGGAGGAGGAGGAGGAAGAGGAGUUGAUUCUAGAUGGAGGUCUGCCUCGCUACACCUCCUCUCUGACCUCUGACCUCCAGCCUGUGGAGGAGGGCACAGAGAUGGCUGUAGAUGAGGAGGAGGUGGAGGCUGAAGAUGUGAUGAACUCCCUGCACAGGAUGCCUCCUCCGUCCUUUGAGGAGUGGCAGCUGUCAUCCUCUGCCGGCAGAGCAGGAGGUUUUGAGGAGCUCCAGACAUGGAGGAGAGCGUCACAGGAUGAGGAGGAGUUGCAGAAGUCAGACCAUGAGAGCAUCUCCUCUGUUGGUAGACUGAUCCUGGGCCUUCCAGACUCCAGAGAAGGAGAAGUGGACUCGGACCUCACUCUAACGGACACCGACACCGAGUCUGCAAAGAUGGUGAACUCUGGGAGGAGGAAGAGGCGGAGCCAGCGAUGGGGACACAGUGAUCUGCCUGAAAGAGAAGCAGGAGAGGGAGAGGAGACCCCUGCCUUCAGUCACUGGGGACCCCCCCGCAGGGUGGAAGUGUGGCCAGAAGAUGGCCAGUCUCUGGGGCUGAGCAUCGUUGGAGGUCGACACGUCAUCAAACGCCUGAAGAACGGAGAGGAACUGAAGGGAAUCUUCAUCAAACAGGUUCUUCCAAACAGCCCUGCUGCCAAAUCUCACUGCCUGAAGACUGGAGACAAGAUCCUAGAGGUGUCAGGUGUGGACCUGCGAACAGCCAGUCACGAGGAGGCGGUCAGCGCCAUCAAGUCCGCUCCGAGUCCGGUCGUCUUCAUUGUGCAGAGCCUGUCAGCUACGCCGCGGCCGGUGUCAUUAACAGCAUCCAGCAACAGCAAACACAAAGUCAAGCGGAGAGAGCCUCUGAUACCUGAAGCUACGCUGCCCCCCCUCAGACAACCCCCACCCUACAGGCCUCCCAACCAAUCAGAGCAGGAGCUGUCCGCUCGCCUGCAGAAGGUCAAAGAGCGUUGGUGUGAGCGAUAUGGAGACCUGCAGGGGGAGCUGCUGUGCGUGGAGUUGGAGAAGGACCGGCAGGGUUUGGGUCUCAGCCUGGCGGGAAACAGGGACCGUUCCCGCCUCAGCAUCUUCGUGGUUGGACUCCAUCCAGGUGGGCCGGCCUCCCGUGACGGACGCAUCCAUGUUGGAGACGAGCUGUUGGAGAUCAACAAUCAGGUUCUUUAUGGACGGAGUCACCAGAACGCCUCGGCCAUCAUUAAAAGCGCCGCCCCCAAGGUGCAGCUCAUCCUGCUAAGGAGUGAUGAUGCUCUAACCCAGAUGGCGGUUUCUCCUCUAACGACUCCUCCUCCUGCUCCUCCUCCCACCCUGAGUCCAGUCAGCCCAGAGGGUUUGCCGACACCACAGUCUGGUGGCUCCGCCCCCUCUGAAGAGCCCCACCCAACAGACAGUAUGAGGCCCCUCCCCUCUCCGGGCACUCCGGAGGAGACCCUGACUGAUGAGGUUGUUCGGAACGACGGAACCAGUAGUAGCGACGGCGCCUCCAGGAGGCUGACAGAGGAAGAUACACUCAAGAAGGUUCAGAGAAACUCCGAAGCCUUCAGUAAGACGCAGAGGCUCAAAGCUGCAGAGGCUCCAGAAGAUGAGCUGAAGGCUCCAAGGGUGCAGCCAGAGAUUCAGUCCUGCAGGUCCAGCAGCAGCUCCAGCAAAGCUCCAGCGGCUUCUCCUCCUCUGAUCAGCGCAGAUGUCCACGCUGUUAACAGAGACCCAUCCUGCUGCGCGGUGAUUCCGGGUCAGGAAACCGUUCUGGAGAUCUGCAAAGGUCGGUCUGGACUGGGACUCAGCAUAGUGGGAGGACGGGACACACAGCUGGACGCCAUCCUGAUCCAUGAGGUCUAUGAGGAAGGGGCAGCAGCCAGAGACGGUCGGCUGUGGGCCGGAGACCAGAUUCUGGAGGUAAAUGGCGUGGAUCUGCGCGGGGCGUCACACGAAGAGGCUAUCGCCGCCCUGCGUCAGACGCCGGCAAAGGUCCGGCUGACGGUUCUGAGAGAUGAAGCCCAGUACAGAGAGGAGGAGAACCUGGAUGUGUUUAACGUAGAACUGCAGAAGAAGAGCGGCAGAGGACUGGGCUUCAGCAUCGUCGGGAAGAGGAGCGGGAGUGGGGUGUUCAUCUCAGAGGUGGUCAGAGGUGGCGCUGCUGAGCUGGACGGACGCCUGAUGCAAGGAGACCAGAUUCUGUCUGUGAACGGAGAGGAGACGCGCCACGCCUCCCAGGAAGCAGUGGCCGCCAUGUUGAAGUGCACCCGUAAGCCGGUCCAGUUGGAGCUUGGCCGGCUGAAAGCUGCUUCAUGGAUCCCAUCUAAACUGGCCUUUAAGGGGAGCCAGAUGAGUCACCUCAGCAGCAGCAGCUCCUCGGGGGUUGUGGCUCCGCCCCUCCCACAGACAACCGUCUCACCUGACCCCCCCACCACCACGGAGCCGCUUGACUGCAGCAAGGCCAGCAGUGACAUCACUUCCAGUUCUGAAAGCAGCUCAGGUAGAGAUGGAGCACCAGGGCUGGAGGCGGGGCUCCGGACCGUGGAGAUCACCAGGGGUGCCGGAGACUCCCUCGGGGUGAGCAUAGCGGGAGGAAAGGGCAGCCCUCUAGGGGACAUCCCCAUCUUCAUCGCCAUGAUUCAAGCCAACGGCGUGGCAGCGAAGACGCAACGGCUGAAGGUGGGAGACAGAAUCGUCAGCAUUGGCGGUCAGUCGGUGGACGGUCUGUCCCACAGUGAGGUGGUAACCAUGCUGAAGAACAGCUACGGGAACAUCAGUCUGCAGGUGGUGGCGGACACAAACAUCAGCGCCAUCGCUUCGCAGGUGGAGAGUUUGACUGGCAGCUCCAGUUUGUUGGCCAGCACCGACCCGCAGAACCCAGUAGACCCAGAAGGUCCACGGCCCCGCAGCAUCACUCUGGAGAAAGGUUCUGAGGGACUCGGGUUCAGCAUCGUUGGCGGCUUUGGCAGUCCCCAUGGAGACCUUCCCAUCUACGUGAAAACCGUCUUUAGCAAGGGAGCUGCUGCAGUGGACGGACGCCUGAAACGUGGCGAUCAGAUCUUAUCUGUAAACGGAGAGAGUCUUCAGGGAGUGACUCAUGAGCAGGCGGUGACCAUUUUGAAGAGACAGAAAGGAUCCGUCACACUGGACAUUCUGUCCUAACAAGCACACCUGGACACACAUGGAGGACACCUGUUACUCUGAGCUUCCCAACAUGCAAAAAAUACCCCUACUGGUCCCACAGUUGUCCUCUGUCUCUAAGAAGGCCAUGUCCUCCCGCUUUACCUCCACCUGACUCCGCCCAUCUCUCAGACUGGUGUCUCACCUUCUGCAGAGUCCCUCAUAAGCUUAUAUGAGAUUCUCCUCUUUUCAAAGCUAGAUCUCUCAUGGAAUCACAGCUCAUCAAAAAAUAUUCAGGAUACCAACAAAUUCAACAAUCUAUUGUUUGGUUUUCUGCCACCUAGUGGUCACUCUGAUUAUAGCAGCCCCACUGGGCUUCCUGCUCUGUCUUCCCAGUCUCUGAGGCUCAUCCACCGGUUCUAAUGGCUGUAAACCGAAACCACGGAACAAUCUGGUUGGAUGAUGUCAUCCUGUCAAUAAGCUGUUCAUCCGGUGCUGAUCACCAGAUGUUAAACGCCAGACAGGAAACACCAACGGCUCUGAUGCUAAUAAGAAAAAAGGGACGCUUAAUUCCUUAGGUCACUUUUCUACUGAGGGUUUAUGUCCAGAACAUUCCCAGGGAGGGGGAGGGGGGGUAUCACGGCAUGCUAAGAACUGAUGACACGUCAUGGUGAUGCAUGCAGAAGCUUUAGCAGAAGCCUGGCUGCAAAACUAGGCAACAAUGAUGUCACACUAGGUCACAAAAAGAAAGUACAGAGAAGCCAAGAAAAAAUUAUUCUGGUUCUGUGGUUCAGAAAGUAGAACAUUGUUUAAGUUUUAAAGAAACUGCAGUUCCUGUUAUGCAUGAAUUUUAUCCAGAGAUUCUGGCUCAAACUCGACCCAAACAGAACUAGUCCCUGUUUCAUAACACCGGUGCUGCUAAUAUAAACCGCUGUAGCUUAAACCAGCAGUCUAAGCUUUUCUUUUUCAUUUUGAGCAGAAAUUGUCUGGGAUCAGUCUGAAGAUUUGGGUCUAUUUUCACAGCUAAAGAAAUAAUUUUGAUUUAAAAGUUCAGUUUGUCUUAAAAACACCAUCUAAAAGUCUCCAGUUUAGUCUCUUAAAUCAGUUCACUUUCUUUUUCACAAGCCUGUAGUUUCUGUUGCACAGAAAGAGCCAUCCCUAGUUUUUUCCAUCAAUGUAAAAAUGUGCCAUCUUUUGAUAAAAUUAUUUUUUUAAUUUAAUACAUGCAGAUUUAAUACAUAUAUAGACUUUCUAUAAGAGUUAAUGCUCGCUGUCUCCAUAGAGACAGCUCUCAGGAUGUUGUUGGUAUUUCCGUCGCCUUGACAACAGAAACAAUGUCUUCCUCAUGAUAUUUAUCAUGAAUGGGUUAAAAUUUAGUCUAGAUAUAAAAGCUACAGAUUGACAUUCUUUGUGUUCCUCGAAUAACAAAAAAAGAAACUGGCUGUUUGUGUUUCAUAUUAAAAUCAUUCUGUUGAAAAGAUCCUGCAAACCAGAUUUUUUGUAGCAUGCCUGUAAAUCUGGGUGUUUUCCAUCAGUUUCCUAUUUAUAAUUUUGUUCAGAAGGAUACUUCCAAAAAAUUUUGCUUCUGCUAAAAGGAGUUGCUCAAAAUACCCUAAAUAUUUUCCCUAAAACACAUUGUUUUCAGGAAAAUCUGUGAGUUUUCAAGAAAAUAUUCAUUCAGGUUUUCCUGAAAAAAUCCAGGAGGUUUUCCUGAAAAAAAUCCAGGAGGUUUUCCUGAAAAAAAUCCAGGAGGUUUUCCUGAAAAAAUCCAGGAGGUUUUCCUGAAAAAAAUCCAGGAGGUUUUCCUGAAAAAAAUCCAGGAGGUUUUCCUGAAAAAAUCCAGGAGGUUUUCCUAAAAAAAAAAACAAAUCCAGGAGGUUUUCCUGAAAAAAACAAAUCCAGGAGGUUUUCCCGAAAACCUCCAGGAGGUUUUCCUAGAAACUAUUAACUAAUUAUUUCAAGGUCACAGUAAAAUGUAGAUAAAUCAUUAAUUUCAUACUAAACUGUUAAACUGUUGUUGAACCUCCUCACUUCCUUUAAACAUGAUUCACAAAUGAUUCAGCUCCUCAAAUUAAUGAUCUCAAUAGAUUACAUUUCUUAGCAUUUCUUAGGCCAAUGUUUUUAAAUUCGAAACACAUUGAAAAAAACACCAACUAAAACAGAUGAUUGAAGUAAAGACUUAUAUAACUAUUCUCUGGAAAUUGUAAGUUAUAAAGAGUUCGUCUUUAACUUCUUUUCAAAAAUUCAAUAUGUUAGCUUUAAUGCUGCUGAUGGUCGUUUUCCUUCAAAAUAUCUCAAGUCUUAAACAUGUGGCUAAAAUGUUCCUCUUAAAGUAAAACCAAAAUGUUUCUCUGGAACAAAAAACAAGUUAUGUCGUUUCUUUGGUUUGCUGCUGCUCAUAAAUGUAGGUUUUGUGUGCAAAUGAGCUAACAUGCUGGUUUUAUCCCCUUUAUUGAAACUAGACUAACAAAACUAUCAGCCUGAUGUCAUUAGCUCACUAGGUUGGUUAGGUUUAAAUGUUUAGUUGAAAAUAAGUUCAGUUUUGCAGUUUAACAUGAUUUAAUCUGUAUUCAAACACCGUCUAUGGCAUAAAGAUUGGUAAUUAGGCUCAUUUUAACAAAACAUUUAAAAUGAACUUGUUUAAUAUUUCGUAUAAUGUGACCUGCUGUUAGCUAGCAAAUUAGCCAAUCUGCUCAAAUGCUGUCAACCGAAACAUUUUACUGUUAAUACGUCCGAAUCUCUUAAAUGUUAAAUGUGAAUUAACACGUUUAGGAAGACGUGUGAAAACUCUGAAUGAUUUCUUUAUUUUUAUUUGAAGAGCUAAGCUAGCUUGUUGUUAGCAUUAGCUGCUAAUGAGGUGUUUGUCUUUAAAGGGAAAAAGUCUGCAAACAUCAGCCAUGUACACAUAUUCAAUGUCUUAAUUUUUUGUAGAUGAAAUGUAAUUUAUUGUUGAUUUCACAUGAAUUGAUCUGUAUUUUUUAGAGGUUUGUGUUGCAGCUUUGUGCCACAUCCUGUCAGAACCCUAAAUGGGUCCAGUUUUGAUAUGUGUCUUUGUCAUGUUGUCAAAUGCUCCUGGAAAUGAUUUUAAUUUAAUGUGAGAAGGAUGGAAUGGUGAUUAUUGAACCGUUAAUAAAGACAAAUAAACAGA